GAGGUUGGGUUUUGCAAUUAUGUUUUUGACAUAACUGCAUUAGCUUCCCAGAAAGCUUUGCGCGAGAGGGUUGUUUAUCCAGGAUUUGUGCACGCAUGUGAAUGGAAAUUUAUGCGAAUUCAUUUGUUGGGGGCAUGAUUGAUAGCAUUCCCGGCACAUAUUGGACGCGGCCCUCUUGGAAACGGAGUUAGGACUUAUUUUACUGUCAUGCUAACUAGCCGGGAGCUCAUCUGGUUUUUCAAUGUUCGUCGGCGAAAGCUAGCGCUAUUCACAUUGCUAGUAUCUCUUCUUUUUAUUUACGUAUUGUUGGUGCAAAGAGAAGUUACCUCGGAAAGGGUCAUUCAAAACGUCCAAUCCCUUGGCGCUAGUACAGUUGACAAAAACCCGGACAAUCUAGAAAAGUUUUCAAAGUAUCUAGACAGCCUACGGAAGGAGAAGAAUAACCUGAAUGCGGCGAAGGAAAAGGAGAAAAAUAUCACAAUUUCUACAAAAGUUCUUUCACAACCGGCGCCUCGCUGUAAAUUACCGAAGCUUGACGCAAACCAUGAAUCUGUGAAAACUUUUGUAAAAGACUUAGGAAAGUUGGAAUGUGGUCGAAGUUAUUCAAGCUUCGAGAAUAGCACAUUGUUUGUAGAAGGAGAUGAUAUAAUAACGGUGGAUUAUCGUAUUAUUUCGAGGCCCCCACAAAACGAUUUCGACGUUAUCGUCUCGAGCCCAAUUCAAGUGCCAAACAAAAGGGAGCAAACAAACGAUGUAUUACCGCUCAAACCCGGUACUAAGGCCUGUAUCGUACAUCGUGCGAGCAAGAAGUGCAUCCACCCGUACGGCGGGGCAAGCCAGCCUCCACAAGGUGCGGAAGUCCUGCUACACGGAGACUGCUGUUUCGAGCGAACCUUCUUCACUAUGGAGCCCACAGGAGUCAUCAAGCAUGUGGCCAGCGGAUAUUGUCUCCAUAGUGAUACAGAAGGUAACGUGUCGCUUGGCAACAACUGUACCACUCGGUUCAUCCAAGUCGACGGCAAACUGAGUCUGGAGGAUGACAAGAACUUGUGUCUGAGCCCCAAGUAUCACAUGAGCACACCCCAAGACAACGAACCUCUUGCGAUGACCCGAAACUGCACGGAAGCAUUUGACUUGAUGAUAAGUCGACCUGGUCUCACUUCUGAAGUGUCAAUCAACACGGAUUUCAUCCGCGUUGACAUCAAACGAAAGCAAGACGUUGUUACCGAAGUUCACAUGAAUACAGCUCUGAAACCGGAAGUCCUGAAGAGACCAGUGACUGCAGGCAUACCGGUCAGCGUUUGCAUGAUCAUGUUCGAUUCUACUUCCGCCGCCAACUUCCAAAGAAAAAUGCCCAAGAGCAUUGCACACAUGAAAACGUUACCCACUGUGUUCUUAAAAGGUAACACCAUUGUAGGCGAUGGAACAACGGCACAGGUGACCGCAAUGCUCACUGGGAUUGCCGAGGCAGAGCAACCUGAGGCCAGACGCAAAAUGGCGAAUGCCAAACCCGUGGAUGACUGGCGGUUUAUCUUCAAGGAUUACAAGAAACACGGAUACGCUACGUUAUACACUGAAGACUCUCCAAGUCUGGGGACGUUUAAUUAUCGACUAAAAGGGUUCGAAAAUCCUCCCACCGAUCAUUACGGGAGGUAUUUCUGGAUCGAAGGAGACAAGCACAUUCAGAAGGAAUUCUGCGUCGGCAACGAGCGGUACCAUCUUGUCAGCUUGCGCUAUUAUCUCAGCCUUUUCAGAACCUAUAAAAAGAACCCUAAAUUUAUGUACAUGAUUCAGUCACAGAUUUCUCACGGGGGCAUAAAUGGUAUCCAAUAUGCAGACGAAGAUUUAGUUGAUUUUUUUAAAACCCUGGAGAAUGAGAAUCAUUUGAAUAACACUAUUGUUUUUGUAUUUGGUGAUCAUGGGGCACGGUUUGGUGAGUUGAGGAAGACCCUCCAAGGGAAGCUCGAAGAAAGACUACCUCACAUGUCAGUUACAUUCCCAAAAUGGUUCCCGGAAAAAUUCCCAGAACUUUACAAGAAUUUUGAGCAGAAUUCACACGUUUUAACGUCUCCGUUUGAUAUUUAUGCUUCAUUGCAGCAUUUAUUAUCGUAUCCGUCGUUGCCAAAAGGGAUAGUGACGGGCCAGAGUCUGUUUACACUCAUUGACCCGAAGAAUAGAACGUGCGCGAGCACUGGUGUGGAGGAACACUGGUGUCCAUGUUUGAACUUCGAAAAAGUCUCAGUAGAUGAUUCAAUAGUAAAGGAAAUAGCAGACUUUGUAGUGAAGCACAUCAAUACAUUGUUGGAGCUUAACGCUGAUGUGAAAAGACUAUGUCAUCAACUGCAAUUGAAAGAGAUAAAGAACGCCCAACAAGAGCUACCGAACGAGAAACUUCAGCUUUUUGCAGAUACGUUCGUGGAUGAUAAAUGUGAUUCCUGUGGUGUGAAAAACGGUGACAGAGCCGUGAAUACGCUGGCUAAGGAUACUCUGUACCAAAUCCAAUUCGUUACUUCACCUAAUGAAGGGUUCUACGAAGCAUCCAUCAAACUAAACAAUGGUAAACCUUCUCUUAAAGGCGAGAUCAGUAGAGUUGACGCGUAUGGAAAACAGUCAAUUUGCGUCAGUGAAACGUAUGUGCACUUAUUGAAAUUUUGCUAUUGUAAGUAGGGGAAGAAUUGACGCAACAAGAUUAUUUGACUGUAGGAUGUUGACGUUUCAUUUUGUAAUACAAUUUUUUAUAAACUUUUCGCAAUUUGUAAUAAACUUGACGCAAUUUGUUAUAACCAAAGCUAUCGCAAUUUGUAAUAAACAAAGCUGUCGCAAUCUA